UGCCCCCCAGCUGGGCAAGGGGCAUUUGAUAGACCUGCUUUCUGCCCCUGGUGUGGUGUGUGACCAGGGACUUAGCAAUGCUCUGGACACGUCUGCCCCUCUACGGCCUCUCCAAGCCCUCUACAGGUGGCUGGAAGCCCCUGCUUUUUGAUGGUGGGGCCUUCCAUCUCAAGGGCACGGCAGAGCUGGCCCGGGCUUGGCUGGUGCUUCGCCUAUGCGCCUGGCCCCCCUUGGUCACCCAUGGACUAGCGGUUCAGGCCUGGUCUCAGCGACUCCUGGGCUCUCGGCUCUCGGGCGCACUUCUCCGAGCAUCCUUCUACGGACAGUUUGUGGCCGGGGAGACAGCAGAGGAGGUGAGGGGUUGUGUCCAGCAGCUGAAGGCCCUGGGACUCCUGCCUCUGCUGGCGGUGCCCACAGAGGAGGAACCGGACUCCACUGCCAAGACCAGUGAAGCCUGGUAUGAGGGGAACCUCAACACCAUGCUACGUUGUGUGGAUUGGUCACGAGCUCUCGUGGACACCUCUGGAGCAGCCAGAAACAGCCUCAUGCAGCUGAAGGUGACGGCGCUAACCAGCAUUCAGCUUUGUAAGGAGCUGUCGGCUUGGAUCCAAAGGCCAGCCAGCUCCUCGGAGCUGAGCCCUGAGAGGCUGGCAGAGGCCAUGGAAUCAGGCAAGGUAAGGAAUAACCUCCAGCUCUCCUACCUCAGCGCCGAACAGAAUCAGCACCUGCAGGCCUCUCUCAGCCGCUUGCACCGCGUGGCACAGCAUGCCCGGGCCCAGCAUGUGAGACUCCUGGUGGAUGCUGAGUACACUUUCAUCAACCCUGCACUCUCCCUGUUUGUGGCUGCCCUGGCCGUGCGCUGGAACAGACCUGAGGAAGCCGGCGGGCCCUGGGUGUGGAACACUUACCAGGCCUAUCUGAAGGGAACGCACACACGGCUGGAGAGGGAUGCCGAGGCCGCACACAGGGCUGGCCUGGCGUUUGGGGUGAAGCUGGUCCGAGGUGCCUAUCUGGACAAGGAGAGAGCCCUGACACAACUCCACGGGAAGGAAGACUGCGUUCAGCCUGACUAUGAGGCCACUAGCCGAAGUUACAGCCGCUGUCUGGAGCUGAUGCUGCGCCGCGUGUCCCAACAUGGUCCUCUGUGCCACCUCAUGGUGGCUUCCCACAACGAAGAAUCUGUUCGCCAGGCAACUAAGCGCAUGUGGGAGCUGGGCAUUCCUCUGGAUGGGCCUGUCUGUUUUGGACAACUUCUGGGCAUGUGUGACCACGUCUCCCUGGCACUAGCCAGGUGUGGUGAUGUAAACCUGUAAUCCAGCACUCAGGAGGCUGAGGCAGAAGGAUUUGGGGUUGGAAUUGAGCCUGCGCUACAUAAUAAAAGCCAAUCUCGUAACAACCUACAGAAAGGAAGGAAAGGAGGAAGGGAGGAAUGGACAGAGGGAGAAGAGGAAAAUCAUUUCUUUUAAAUGUUUGCUGUUGUGUGUCUUUAGUAGUGAAUUAUGUCUAACUCACCUAGUCUGCCGUGUUCUGAGCAAGGGAAGCAGCAUUUACUGCUGAUGCCCAGGAACCUCUCUGUCUCUGUCUCUGUCUGUCUCUCUGUGUCUCUGUGUCUCUCUCUGUCUCUCUCUCUCUCUCUCUCUCUCUCUGAGCCCGCACUCUGCCAAUACUCUUCC